AGCACUGUAUUUUAACAGCUGGUUUGCCAAGAAGCCAACAAACAUAAUGAGCAAUUAUAAAGCUAUAGAAAUACCAGAUUCAGACGAGGAUUCGGCGAGUGAAGUUGACGAAACGAUGGGUUCGAAACGCUGUGAAACACCCCUUAGUAGUGCCGGCUCCAAAGCCAAGCUAAGCAACGAACACACCCCUAAAUCAACAAAGGUCGCCAGAACGGAACCUCAUUCGGCGGGCAGUGCGGACUCAACAUCUCCAUCGUCUUCGGAUACGAAGGGCACAUCGCCAAGCACAUCGGCCGAUGUGACCGGUAAAACCGGACGCAAUAGGGCCAGGAAGAGCCAGCAAGGCGCCAGACGCAUAAGUCCUGACCUCCAGUUCGAGUCGGUUGCUCUGGGGGCGGGAGAAGCCGGCGGAUCCAAAGCCCCUAAGAAACCCAAGUUGGAGUCGGACUCCUCGAACUCGCAGGACAAGGUGAGCACGGCCAUCAGGAAUCUGGUGCAGAGCGAGGAGAUGCAGGAGCUCAUCAAGCAGAUUGCCAACGAGCGGGUGCGUUGCAACUUCCUGCUGGCCACCUACCAGCUUCCGGACAUGAACUUCGCCCUCAACACGCCCAUGGAAACGCUGCGGAUUCAGUUUCGAGAGCGUCUAAAGCAGCGUCGGGAUCGUGGGAACCCCACUUCAUCCACUGCAGCUCCAGCCGCCUCCGCCAGCAGCCAAAAAGGAUCCGGCAAGCGAGUUGUGAAAGCACAAAAGCCUCAGUCUUAACUCAGAUUGUAUUCACUAGAUAUUAUCUAUAAGCUGCCUCAUGAUUUGUAAUGUAGUUAAAAAUGUUUGUAGAUAAGAUUAAUUAAUUUGUAUCAAUAGCAGUAUAAGAAGUAUGUUCAAAUAUAAAAUCAUGAAACGCUGACAUUCUGUAUAAAAAAAAAUACAAAUUAAAGGGUAAAUUUGAGAGCCCGACAAAUGUACAUAGUUUUGUUUCUAAGAGAAUUUAUACAUUCAAAUACCAUAAAUCUUAAUUGUAAACUGAAAAGGGCAUUUAUUGACACAUUAUACAA